AUGGGACGAACCAGUCGAGUGGUACCGAAACAAUGGUUACGCUACGAACCAAUUGGUCUACCUAUAUCAAAUACACGGUUUUUGGUUUUCAAAACGCCUCUCAGCAUGAUGUUAUCAACGAAAAUACCGAAGGAAAAGCGGUUCACCACUUUGAGCCUCUUACAGAAAUUAGGUGAAAAAGGGAUUCAAGUGGGUCUUAUCAUCGACUUGACGGAUACGGAUCGUUACUAUGAGCGCAAUGAUAUUGAAGGGAUGUGCAUUUUAUAUGAAAAAAUCAAUUGUCCUGGUCGAGGUUUUAUUGAAAGAGAUGAUCUGGUGGAUGCAUUCAAUAUGGCUGUGGAUAGUUUUUUGGAAUCGAAUGCUGAUAAUGAUAUGAUGAUCGGUGUUCACUGUACAAAUGGUGUUAAUCGCAGCGGUUAUUUGAUAUGUCGAUUCUUAAUUGAUCGUUUGGGAUGGUCUUCACAUGAUGCCAUUGAUGCUUUUGAAAGGACUCGUGGCUAUCCAAUUGAACGCGGAUCUUAUGUGCAGGCAUUGCAUAGAGCUGCCAAAGAAAGACGAUCGAAAAAAAAACAUAAACAUAUCGAGGAGAUGAUUUCAAGUGAUGAGUCUGAAGUGCAGAAAAUGUUGAAAAAACGAACUAAACACAGAAAGAGGAGGAAAAAUGAGAAUGGUUCUGGUGAAGAAAAUAGUGCACCUGAUAUGGAAGCUGUUCUUAAUCAAAUGGCAAUAGCAUUUGAGCAGCACCAAUCCUCACUGAAUUCACUUAGCGAAGCAUCGAUGAACUUUGCAACUACUACAGAAGUACAACAAUCACAAUCGUCAUUACACAUUUCUGCCGAAAAUAGUCCAUUUAUUGGUAGUACGGGUACGGGAGAAGAAGAGGAAGACGAUGAUCUUAGUGGUGAGCAGGAUGUACAAACAAUGGGUGCAGGUGACGAACCAGAGAUCGAGGUUUCAAAGUCAAAAAAAAGGCGAGAAAGAAGAUUAAGAUUGCAGAAACAGUUCGAAUUAAUGAAAACAGGCAACUUCUGGAAAAUCAAUGAAAUGCAAAAGGAAAAGUUUGGCACAUCUUAA